UGACCUGCCGACAAAAAAGAAGCCCCGGGCCAUCAUCUACGGAGUCUCCUGCACAGUGACCGAAGACGACCUUAUAGGUAGGCUUACCAUACGUCCCGGUUUGACCGGGAUAGUCCCGGUUUGAGAUCCCAGUCCCGGCGUCCCGGUAGGCUUACCAUACGUCCCGGUUUGAGAUCCCAGUCCCGGCGUCCCGGUCAAACUUGAACAGCACCGACACCCCAACCAAUCGUUCCCCCGCGCCCCGCCGCGCCGCCCGUGCCACCCGCGCCAAAGACGAAACAAAAGCGAGCGAGAACGAGUGAUACCGACUGCGUGCGUGAGUGUGAAAGUUUAUUACCUCAGUCAGUUGUGCACAUGCAAGCUUGUCUACUGCACGUGUCCACUAUUAAACCGUGUUGCGUUCAGUUUUUUUUUUUACGUCCUCGUCGCCCGCCUGUGUUGUAUUUAGUGUCUAUUGUAUUGACUUUUUUUCGUCGAAACAGAUAUUUAUCGUACGAUUUUUCCUGGCCCAGCAUGCCAAAACGAAAUUGUACAUUCACAAAAGAACUUGAAAAUGACUAUCCGUUUCUUAAAAAGCUCUGCGGUCAUAACGACAGAGUGAAAUGUCAACAGUGUUUAUCAGAGUUUUCAAUAGCACACGGUGGAAGAGCGGACAUCAAGGAUCAUCUAAAGUGCUCGAAACACAAGGCCAGCGUACGUGUCAUUGCAAGCUCAUCUACCAUAACAUCGUUUUUCAAAAAUGUCGAACCCGCAGAAAAUGAACUUUCCAUUGCUGCUAAAGAAGCUACUUUUGCAUUCCAUACAGCAAUGCACGAUAUAAGUUUUAAAACAUCUGAUUGCUUCUCAAAAUUAAUAUCGAAGCUAUUUGAGCCCAAAUUCGGGUCUGCGCGUACCAAGUGCGAAGCGAUCAUCACGGGAGUGAUCGCACCGAUGGCAAGAGAUGAACUACACGAUGAGCUAAAAGAAUGCAAUUUUUUGAGCAUUUCAACAGAUACAUCAAACAGACAUGAUGUUAAAUUGGCACCAAUAGUUGUGAGGUACUUUGUACCUGUGAGAGGUAUAUCUGUAAAGUUACUCGAUUUUCGAUCUGUCGUCGGAGAAACGUCUGAAAUCUUGGCAAAUCACAUAAUGUCGAUAAUCAAAAGACACGAAAUAGAAAACAAGGUGGCUGCUUUCUGUGGUGAUAACUGUAAUACGAAUUUCGGAGGGGUAAACAGGCGGGGCACCAACAACGUCUAUUCCAGGCUCAAGGAAGGUCUCGGCGUUAACAUAAAAGGCAUUGGUUGCAGCGCACACAUCAUUCACAAUACAAUUCAACAUGCAGUUGAUGGUCUGCCUGUCGAAAUAGAGGCUAUCGUUGUUAAAAUAUACAAAUAUUUUUGUAUAUAUACUGUACGCGUCACAAACUUAAAAGAGUUUUGUGAGACAGCUGACAUCGAGUACAAAAAAUUAGUGAAACAUGGAAAUACAAGAUUUCUGUCUUUAUUACCAGCUGUGGAAAGGAUCCUGCAGCUAUACGAAGGCUUGAAAUCUUAUUUUCUUGCUCAAGUAAACUGUCCGCUCGCAUUGCGACAGUUCUUCACAACAGAAAUUGGAGCACUUUAUUUUUGGUUUGUGCUCGGACAGUUAAAUGUAUUCAACAAGACCAUUGAGUCUAUGGAGAAGACUAACUCAACGGCGACAGAUGUAGGUAUGGAGUUGGCAAAGUUAAAAACCAAUCUUCAAAACAGGAUGGAAAACAAAUUUCUUCCACAAGCAGCUAAACAACUCUUAAAUAAAUUGAAAGAGUCCAUAAAUGUCGAAAACUUCAUGAGUGACGUUCACGCUUUUUAUGAGCGCUGCAUAUCGUAUUUAACAUUGUGGGAAAAGAGCUUCGACGGAGCUGAAGAUUUUGAGUGGAUCUGCUUGAAAAAUGAGCUCAACUGGAGUGAAAUCGAAAAAGCAGCAGAAAAUAUAAAUAAAAUGCAAAAACCUCAAUCGAAAACCCAAAUAAUGAUUGAUGAGCUGUUUGAUGAGGUGUUAUUGGCAAAAAGCUUCUUCCAAAAUUCUAAUGAAGCUAAUUACUCCGAGAAAUGGGUCCAGCUAUUCACCCAUUUUCACAAGCAGCAUAUUGAGGUGCCAAAUUUAAAAAAAAUUGUGGAGUUUGCUAUGUGUCUACCCGGUACUUCAGCGCCAGUGGAAAGAA